UUUUCAUCCGGCGGCGCCCAGGGCCUCGGCGACACGGAUGGCACCAGUCGGAGACGGACUUUGGCACGAGAGCCACGCUUGGGAGGCCUCGCCGGCACGAUGCGGGUUCUCACCAUCGCCGUCACCAUCGCCUUCCUCCACCACGCCGCGCAGCCAUCGGUAUGGGCUCACGCAGGAGGCUCACAGGGCGACCGCUGGGCCCAGGAGUUCUGCAAGGCGUCCUUCUGCGGGAUCAUGUCGUCCUCCAAGUGGGAACUCUGCUGCGAGGGACACGGCGAGUGCUGCGCGUACCUCCAGCUCGAGGCCGGGGGUGGAGGUUCUUCCGAGAGAGUGUCUUCCUCCAGCAAACAUAACUCGGGAUCCUCAUACACUCACGGGGUCCAGCCACCACCCACGGGACCCCAACAGCUGCCUAAACCCCAGCGCCUCUCCAGCCAUCCCCAGCCUCCGUCCUUCCGCCCACUGUCCCAACCAAAACCCCCUUCUAUCCGGCCUCCCCCGCCUUCUAUCCGGCCCGACCCCCCUUCUACCCGGUCUCACCCCCCUUCUAGCCAACCCUACCCCCCUUCUAGCCAACCUCACCCCCCUUCUAGCCACCCUCACCCCCCUUCUAGCCAACCCCACCCCCUCAGCCAUCCCGAACCCCCUCCAGGUCGCCUCCCGAGUCGCCCUCACUUCCAGAGGUUCGAGACGGGGCGAAGGGGCCUCAAGAAAGCGAGCUCGAAGCCUCGAAAGGUCACGGCGCAGGAUUCGACUAGUUUGCUCGUAGCGCCGGAGCAGUUGUCGGACAACGAGGUGUAUAGCGCCCCAGCCCCCAAAACGAAGGACCGAUGGGGGGAAGAGUUCUGCAGAGUCUCCUACUGUGGCAUCAUGCCCUCGGUCAAGUGGCAACACUGCUGUGAGAACUUCGGCCAGUGCUGCGUGUAUCUUCUGCUGGCGAAACCCAAGGACCUUAAAAGUCCAUUUGCUUUCCAAGAGAUAGCAACAGUUACUCAACCCAAGAGGAAGUUCGAAUACGGCUUCUCCCACCGCCCACAACACGCCCCAGGUUCCUCCAAGGCUCAAGACAACCGACUGAAGACGUUCCUGUAUUCCCCGCAAGAAAAACCGGUGCAGACGGCCCCCAGCACUCCUAAGGCAGCCAUCAAACACGUCACGACAAGUUCCGGACCUGUCGUGGUCAAGCAGCCGUUCAGACCCCAGAGACAGGCUUCUUAUUACAACGAGGUCUAUGCGAUGGAGGGAGACAAGUGGGGCCGCGAAUACUGCAGGACCUCCUACUGCUCCAUCAUGCCCUCCUCCAAGUGGGCCCACUGCUGCGACAACUACAGGAAGUGCUGUGCCUAUGUCCACCAUACGCAGGACAAGGACAUGAAAAAUCCCUUUGCUUACGAAGAGAUUUCGAUUUUUAGCAUCCCGUUGAGGCCGCCAAGAAUUCGCCCCAUACCCCGAGUGAGCCCGAAGGAGGUGCAGGCCGACGAACCCCAGGCGAGCACCCACCGACCCACAGGCACAGACCAGCUCCCUUCCGAAGGACCCCAACCCCCACCAGAGGCAGCAGAGACCCCACAGGGCAGCCCCGCCCCGAAACCCCAACCCUGGCGAGACCACAAGCCCGACAAUUAUACCGCGGGACCCGAGACACCGAAGGACCGAACCCGAGACAGCUCCUCCGCACUCCCGACGCCCCAAGAACAGACGCCAGACGACCCCCAGCCUGCAGAGGAUCGCCGUCUCAGAUACGACGUCGACCGAGGGACGCCCGAAGAAGGGACGGAGUCUUCUCCUAUCGUCGUCCCUCUCCCUUCGGAAACGCCUGUCCUCGAUCGGGCCUUGGACACCUUCAACGACGUUGUUGCCAAAGAAGAAGCGCGGACGCUGCAGGCCGAGAUACUGCGCCAUUCUCUCCCCGGAACAGUGGCGAUCCUGCUGCUCACGGUACAGGCAGUGCUGCGCCUACGCCCGCUAUCUGGAGCCGAGAGGCCCCUUUCAUUUCGAAGAGGACCCCGCGAAAAUCCACUGAUCUCAACAUAGAGGUUUAACACACGUUGGCAUAGGUGGUAUUCCAGUUCAGAUAUAUUAUAUGGUAUAUAGAUAUUUAUUUAAUAGUAUAUAUAUAUAAAGAAGUGAUACCAUAAAUUCCAAGGGCCAUUGCUUAGCUCGUGUAUUAUGCAAUAUGACUGAAUGUUAUAACUUUGAGAGUGAGGUAUUAUAUAUUGAAGUCUACCAAGUAAUAUGUCGUUUUCUAUUAAAAAAAAAUGUUAACCAAGAUUAUUUUCAUUAAAGAAUAUUACACUGUUAAGAAAACAGUUCAUUGGUUAGAUAUGACAAGUUAUUACCGGUCACUGCAUUCAUAUAUUGUAAGUACAAAAUAAAAAUCAAAUAUAUAUAUAUGUAUAAAAA